UGAAGUAAAAAAAAAAGAACCUAAACUCAUUGCGGCCAGACAGGCAGCAGGGAUAAGGAGGCGACCUAGCAGUAACCUACCACAAAUCGCCGCCGGUCGCCGCCGUAGACGACGGCAAGAAGCCGUUCCGCCGUAUAUCACCUCACCAAUUCAUCAGGGCUAGGGUUUUUUGAAGGUUGAGAACUAUUGACUAUUUAACGGGCAAGGGUUUUUUGAAGGUUAAGAAGUAUCUAAUAUUUAACGGUAAGCAUUCUGGAUUAACAGGGGGUUCGUUUCUAGCAUGAUGAGAAAGCCUACUGGGCACAAGGAGAGGUACUCGAUUAAAUCUGAGAUCUCAAGGGUUGACUCGAACGAUGGCACUGCUGCUCGAACUAGACCUUUUAGUUUCGAUGAGAUAAUGUCUAGAAGGAAAAACAAAAAGCAAUAUGAAAGUGUUGAAGAUCGAGGAGUUGUUUCCGAGACGGUGUAUGGUCGUGUAGAGUCUGAUAGACACAGACGUAGGGACGUUGUUGAUGGCGGUGAACAACAUGCUUCCAAGGAGCAUUCAAAGGUAGUUUCGCGAACAAAAGAGAAAAUAGUGGAAAGUGAAUACAGAGAAAGUUAUAGUAAUCAUAGAAGAUCAAAGGUUGAUGAUGAUAGUGCCAAGGAUAGUAGAAAAGAAAGAGGUGUACACGAGAAGAGAAAGAAUCACGAUCGGUCAACCGAUGACUUUGACCAUGAACACGGAAAGAGGCAUGGUAAGGAUUAUGCGGUUAAAGACAGGGACAGGGACAGAGGCAAAUCCGAACAUGUCAGUAAGAGGACUCCAAAUGUAUACGAAGAUGUUGUGAAAAAACAUGAAUCUAGAAAGUGGCAUGAUUCCACUACUUCAGAGAAGAAGCAAAAAAAGUCAACAUCUGAAUCUCGCCAUGAAGACUUAAAGUCAAGAAGCAAACGGUCUAGGAGUAGAGAGCAUGAGAGAGACAAAAGUAAACGGUCUAAAUCGCCUUCACCAAGGGGACAAAAGCAAAGGUAUUAUGAUGCACGAGAACAUGACGAGCUACCUUCACAUUCUGCAAAAGAUGGGAAGAAGGUAUCAAAUAAUGGUUCGGAUACCAAGAUUAAAAGACAUGACACAUCUGCAAGUGGGCUUGGUGGUUAUUCACCGAGAAAAAGAAGAAGCGAGGCCGCUGUUAAAACUCCUGCUCUAAAUAGUCGUUCUCCAGAGAAAAAGAAUGCUGGAUGGGAUCCGCCACCUGUCAAUAUGGAAAGCAGUUUGCUUUCAUUAAACAAAACCGAACUGUCUAAUAGACAUGAGGUGUCUAGUGUGGGUCAUUUCGUCACUCCAAGCAUCAUCCCGAAGCCAACGUUUGGUGUUAUUUCCAGCAUUACUUCAACAAUGAAUGUCUCUGUUGACUCGGUCCAGUUAACUCAAGCAACACGGCCCAAAAGGAGGAUUUAUGUAGAAAAUUUACCGUCGUCAGCCUCUGAGGCUGCAGUAAUGCAAUGGCUUACCAGUUAUCUUCGACCGUUUGGUCUUACUCAUGUUCAGAACACGAGUCCUUGUAUUAGCUGUAUUGUGAACAAGGAAAAGUGUCAGGCUCUUGUGGAGUUUCUCACACCUGAAGAUGCUUCUAACGCCCUCAAUCUUGAUGGGAAGUCUUUCUCUGGCAACAUUGUUAAAAUCAGACGCCCUAAAGACUACGUUGAGGCAAAAGCAAGUACUGGUGUAUCGGAGAAACCUGUGGCUGCAGCUGUUUCAGUUAAAAACGUUGUUGAAGACUCGCCCAACAAGAUGUUUAUAGGCGGGAUUUCAAAGGUUAUUACACCUGAAAUGCUCAUGGAGAUAGCUAGCGCGUUUGGACCUCUUAAGGCAUACCAUUUUGAGGGUAAUGCACAUCUUCAUAGUCCAUGUGCUUUUGUUGAGUAUGCUGAUCAAUCAGUGACUGUUAAAGCGUGUGUUGGUCUUAAUGGUAUGAAACUGGGCGGACAAGUCCUGACUGUAACUCAAGCAACUCCUGAUGCUUCAUUAGUGGGAAAUCAUGGUGACCUACCAUUCUAUGGAACUCCGGUGAAUGCACGACCACUUCUUGAGAAACCUACACAAGUCCUAAAACUCAAUAAUGUGCUGGACCCACACAGUCUACCAUCACUUUCUGAGUCGGAAUUGGAAGAAACACUCGAGGAUAUACGACUAGAGUGUGCCAGGUUUGGUGUGGUCAAAUCAAUCAAUAUCGUCAAGCAAGCUGAGAUGCCCACAAACUUACAAACAAUCGAAGUAACUAAAGAAGCUAAACCCGUAGCGGAUGAAGCAACUAUAGAAGCUAAUCUCAUGGCGGAAGAAGUAACCGAGCGUUCAUGCAGUGAUAAACUGCAGCAGCACGAAGAACCUGCAGACGAAAACAACUCUCAUACCGAACCAGAAAAAAUAAACGGGGAUGGUGACAUCGUUAGUAAUAAACAUGAAAACAAGACGGGAAAUGAUGAAACAUGUGAUGAUAUUGAGACGGAAAACAGAUCGUUAAAAGUAGAAUCACAUGAUACCAUGAAAAACAUAUCUGAUCUUAUCAACGCUUUUGAGGUGGGAUGUGUAUUGGUGGAGUACAAAAGAACAGAAGCUUCUUCCACGGCUGCACAUUGUUUACAUGGCCGGGUUUUCGAUGGAAGAAGUGUGAGUGUAGAGUAUGUUGCGUAUGAUGUUUAUCGCACCAGGUUUCGGAAAUGAGUUUUUCUAUAGCAUCUUCUAGCGUAUUGUUUUUGCCUAACGCGUUUGAUCUUCAUUGGCAAGUAGUCUUGAGAUGGAAACAAAGGAUGUAUUGUAUUGUUUCAUUGGAUCUUGUCAAUCUUACAUAUCUGUGUAACCUUUGCUUUAGUAGCCAGGAGUAUGUUAUUUAUUUGUGGUCUA